AUGGCUUCAACGGGGACUGCUCAACGACGCUAUCGACGACCCCCAAGGUCAUCGAGCUCGUCUGCGGGUCUGGCACCCCAGGCUGUGCCAAAGAGCGCACCCUCGACGUUGAAAGAACAUGCUGUCGAUGACAGACUACAUGUAGAAUCGAAUUUCGGUAUCACAAACGACGCGAUGCUCCAAAAGUUUGAAGGAGAUAAUCUCAUCCCACAUAUUCUUCAGAGUGUCCAGACCCAACCACUCCUAUCAGACGUUUUGACUCCAUCUACCAUGGCCAGUCCACCGCAUGGACACGCGAAUCUGCCCUCCUCCAAAGUACAUUCGCUCAGUCCCGUCGUCUGUUCAGACUCGCGGCUGACUGGACCUCCCAUGUCACUCCCUGCUGCAACUCUGACCGUUCCAAAAAGAAACAUCUUGCGACACCUGGGCGUCAUCCCGUCGACGUCUACUUCAAGGAGACCCUCUGCCCUACUGUCCAAGGCGUCGGUUCCAACAAAUUCUCAAGAAGCGGCGGGUAGAACAGGGUCUGAAGAUGCUACGCGCCGCCAUCUGCCGCCUCUCCAUAGCGGCUUGACCGACAAGCGCGUGACUCCAGCGCGUAUAGACAUCAGCGUUGGCGCCUUAUCCUUGGGCAAUCCCGUGGAGACACCUUCUCCCCCUCUCUCUGAUGACUUGACAACUGAAAGCGGCUCCACUGCUCAAACGUCCCCUGUCCUGUCAUUUUCGCGGACAACAUCCAACUCGAGCGUGCAAUCUCAAUCUAAAGAUGUUUCAAUUGCUCAAAAGAUUGAACAACUCGCCCGUGAGGUGGAUGUCCUCCGUCGAAGAGAGCAGCGCCAUCCCUCCCGUAAUCUUUCUUGUACACCUGUCCCUGCCACGGGUUCUCACCACGGAAACGUGCACCCUGGUUCCUCUGCAGUAUCUUCUUCAUCCGGCGUCUCGAGUGCAUCUUGUCAAGUUCAACGCAAUCAAGAACCCGGCACUCGGGACAUUCAGCCAUCAUCCUCGGCGCACCGUAAAGCGCCCUCGCAAGUACAGCACGAUACAGCUUCAUCCUCUGAAGUGAGUCAGCCAACCGCUGCUCUCAAGCCAGAUGACUUCGUCGACCAAUCCAUCCCGAAUCGCAAUAUACGUGCUCGUUUCUGCAGCGGACUCGAAGUACAGUUGAUCACGACACCAUUUGAGCCAGCAUAUCUCACAGUCACCGGCAUUCCUAUAGACCUCGUCAUGACUUCUGGAAACAACAUCAAUCAAACGGUGAAAACCCAGGAAAGAGACGAGUUGCGUUUUCAUUCGAAGAGACGAGGUCUGGGAGAAGCACGUCCAACACCGCAGCCCUAUCAGCAACCUGGUAUCCAGGUGGAUUAUGCUGCACGCACGAAGCGAAUGAUGCGAGAAAUUUUCGAGUCUUUUGGAAUCGUGACGAAUCUCGAGUUUCGCCGCGUGGGCGAGUCCCGUCGGAGCUCUGAUGACAAUAUCUCAUCGAUAGGCAAAGCUCCUCGUGCUGAUGGAACUCCAAAGCCCUUAUUGCGAGAGGCCGGUGGCGCCAACGCUAGGUACAGCGGACGGCAGUCUGUGUUUACUGUCGUUCCACCUCUAUUAAUGCCUUCAAAUGCGUCCAACGCCUCCGCCGAGCGCGUAAACGGGCGAGAUGAGGCCAGCGAGAUGCGCACCCAUACACGGACCAAUGGCAACGUUCGCCAGGGCAAGGCACAGACCCAUGACGCGGUCGGCCCCAGCCGAGGUGUCGGCGUCGGCAAUAGUGUCAAGAUGGUCAAUGAAGAUCGUCGGACAGUGACUAGAUUAACGCAGCGAUCGUCGACAGCCACCGGUUCCGCGCGUCCUACAAAUCUUCCUCACUCUGUAGAGGGAACCGACGAGCAGUACAUAAUAGCUAAUGGUACGCGAGAGGAAAAAGUUAGCAGUGUUCGAUCUUCAGAGGUCAAUAUCGUCUCUUGCACAGUGGCUACCGAGAUCGACCCCACGACACCCAAAAAGGUCGAUGCAAACUGCAAAGCUGAGCUGGUGGCAAAUGUGCAAUACGCGCAUCAUGCUGAAGCUCUCUGCGCGCUUCGAACUCUCAACGCCGGUGGACGGCUCACACUCCCUGAGAGAGCCAUCGACGCAACUCUGCGAAGUAUAGUAUUGCCGUCUACAUUUUCUGCAACAUUUUCGACCCCCCUUGUUCCAGACCAGCCGUCGUCGAAUAUGGUCUCGGAUACGCUUCGACUCUACUAUCGGGAUCCCCGAGUCGCACGUCGAGAGGUGGAGAUUAUCAACAACCGCCCAUUCUUUGGCAGACGUCUGUUUGCACGCUUUCUUGGUCGCUCGAAGAAUAUUGUCCUCGUCGAGGGUGUUAGACAUUGCCAUGUUCUCAAAGGCACCAAACGGUCGCAAACCGACGAACAGGGGACUUUGUCCGAUCCAGGAUCCCACGAUGAGCGCAGGAUCUUUGAAGAAGAGUUAAAGGAACUGGAGAAACGGCAUCAACCAGACGGCGAGGUUACACUGUUCGAUGAUCAUUAUGACCACGGUCAGGCGAUGGAGUUUAUACGCCAGCUCUUUCGCGAGGAGCAGGAACGAGCGAGGGCGGAAGAAGAACAAAGCCGUGCACUCGCCGGGUCGGCAUCCAAUGUCGGAGGCCCAACUCACAAAUGUGGUUUAAGAUAUCACGAUAUACGCGAGACACUCCCAUGUACGACGAUGCAAAGUCGGGAACGUAGUGCCGCAAGCACACCAGAGGCGCCUCUAGAGUUUCAAAGGGCAAUCGCCGACCUGCCAUGGCGCAGCUCCACAAAACUCUUCUCUGUUCUAUCGCAGGAUCUAUUGUAUGUCAUGACAUUCGAGCGACUCGCCAUCCUCGCCCCGCAGAUUGACGAGCUUCGCACACGGCUUGCUGCCGCACAUCUCCGACUGCAGAUUACCAUCCCUCAGGGUCAGCAAGCAUAUCGCUACGUCCGAAUAAGUGGCGUUGCCAAUCUCAGACCAUUCAAACCCAUGAUUGAUGCAAUUCUCGUGGGAGAGAUCAUCAUGUUGCCUGGUGCCAACUCUGCCCAAAGCCAGCCACUGUGGGACGACGAACUCGACUUUUUGUACAAUCUUGACAAGAUCGUGGACACUGCGCUUCUUCCGCCACAAACUCAAGUCCUCGUUGAGUCGAGCCGCAAACGACUGCGCGUCUUUGGACCAUCGGCUGCUCGACGUAAGACGGCCAUUGAACGCAUUGUCAAACGGCUUGGUGAAGUGAAGCGGCGGUUGAUGACGAUCGAAUUUGAUCGUUCUCUCCUAAAGUACUAUGCACACGCUGCAGACAAUCAACUCGCGCCGGCAUUUGGGCAAUCGAAUGUCUGGUUGGAUGCGGCGGCGUGUAAGAUCUCCGUUGCUGGUACCGGGGCUGUGAUCGCGCUCAAAGAGGUGCAAAAACGUGCUCCAAGGCCAAACGCGUUGCUGGACCUGUUUCUCCGUGGUGAUGAUGGUGCACGCAACGAAGCGGAGGAGACGAUUAGAUGUCCGGUUAUGCCGCAGGGCAAACGGAAAGGUCGCCACGGUCGUCGGCAGCCAGGAGUGCGCAAUGAGGUCGCUCCCGUCAGCACCGCUCCAACGCAAGACACCCAGUCCUUGAAAAAGUCUUGUGACAAGUCGAUUCCACUGGAGGUUGUCCGACGCUUGCUCACCCCUGAGCAAUUCGAAAUGGCGAUGAACCGCAGCUUUGAGUCAUACACCAACUCCAGACCCGACGAAUUUCGACACUGUCCUACUAGCGACUGUCCUGAAAUCUUUCGCAUACUCGCCGAUCCCGCCAAGGCCCCUGCUGCCAAUGCUGUUCAUCCCAACAGCGCGUGGACGUCGACACUCGCCCAGCAUUGUCCUAGCUGCCUAGUCAAACUUUGUCCAAUUUGCUUUGCUCAAGGUGGACAUGAUGGACAAUCGUGUGCUCAAUAUAAAAAGCAGCAGCAGCGUGUGCUCGAGGAGGAAGCGCAGCAGGCGGAAAAGCUCGUGCAGAGCUUUGGUGGAAGAACGUGUCCUAAAUGCCGCAUGGGGCUCCUCAAAGAUGGCGGGUGCGCACAUGUUCGGUGUUCGCGCUGUGGUGUUCAUAUCUGUUGGACAUGCGGCAAGACGUUUGAGGAAGUGGAUAAGGAGAGUGUGUAUGAGCACAUGACGCGGGUACAUGGAAGUAUUGGGCUCAUUAACUGGGGCGAAGCGGAAGAUGACGAUGGCUGGCAGCUUGCGAUCAUGAUGAACGACGCGCACGAUCAGAACGGAAUCGGUCGUCGUGACCUUCGUCAUGCUCAUGGAGUCGAGGUUGGCUGGGGAGGCGGAGAGCAAGUGGAGGAGCUACCAAAUUCUCACCCUGUCUGGGUCUGGAUCCUCGGCAGGAAGGCCCAUUGCAAACAAGGACCGAAUUAUCAGACAAGACCACAUCGAAACCACUACAACGACAAAGAAGAGUUUUCGGAAGACGAGAAUGACGACUUUGGCGUUGCAGACUGGGACUACGACUACGCAGACGUCAACUGGGAGGCUUUCUAG